AUGCUCGAGCUCGCCGCCGACAAGGUGCCCGACUUGAUGGCGUCCAAGCACUACGAGGGCGGCAGGACGACGGCGGCGGUCGCCUUCAACAACGGCUUCUCGUUCGCCCGCUCGCGCCUCGGAUGCUACUGCUCGCCGCCGCCGGGGGGGUCCUGCAGCCACGUCGGCUGGAACCCCUGCGAAGAAAACGGCGGCACCGGUUGGACGGCGCGCGUCCUCCGCGUCGAGGAAGGAAACUGCCUGCUGGCCUUCCCGCACUCGCGCACCGCGACGGGCCUCGCCUUCGCCGACGAAUGGCUGUCGUGCGCCGCCGUGCGCCGGUCACCGCACCAGCCGAGCCUGCCGUUUCGGCGCGGACCCUCUCUCGCCGACCUCCGGCGCGCGCGGCCAGCCGAUCGCGAAGCUGGGCCCGAGUGCCCAAGCAAUGUGGGUGGUACGAGCGCCAGCCACCGCACGGCGCACUCGCCAGGGGCGGCUGGCGACCCUACGCCUCGCAUAGCCAAGUGCGUGCGCCUCGCGGUGCUCCUCAACUCCUGCCAGGCGGUGGCGGGCAUGAGCGUGCCUCAUCGGGCGACAGCCCCGCUGCCCGAACCAGCCUCCCAGAGCGCCCCCGUCAUGCUGCUCGCCCUCGUCGUGGCCGCUCUCGCCGCCGCCCUCUGGCGGACGGCUGUAAUCGCAAGUGCCGGCGACUCGACUGCGCCGACCACCGCCCUCGUGGCGUCUCCGCCACCAGUGAAGCUGAUCGCGCAGGGGUCGACGACAGCUCCCGGCACGCGGUAA